CAUUUAAAACAACAUUAUGAAUCCCACACUAUACACUAGAGAGAGCAAGUAGCAACGAAACCACUCUACUCUAUCUUCUUCAUCAACUUCAAUCAUCUCUCUCUCUCUCUCUAGUAGACUAGUAAUAGUAGUAGUAGAACUGUAGAAGUGAACAGGUGUUAGUGAAGAAAAGAAUAGAACAAAAAUGGCUAACAAUACUAAUAACUUCAAAAGCUUAUUCCACAACUUCACUUCCAAAAGACAAUACAAUAAGACCUUAGUACCAUUCACCAAUUUUUACUUCAUCACCUUCUCCAUCGUCCUCUGCUCCCUCUUCUACCUCUUCGGCCUCUGGACCCACCACCGUCCCUACUCCGCCGCCACCACCCUCUCCGCCGCCACAUGUUUCCAGCCUUCCACCAACACCACCACCACCACCAGUACCCCAUCAACCCUACAAAUCCAGCUUCCCACCCUCCACUUCGAGGCCAGACACAAACUCCAAGACCCACCUGCCACAGCGGCGCGUGAGUACCACGCACCACCAUGCGACCCGAAACUCUACGAGUACACCCCAUGUGAGGACUUGAAAAGAUCCCUGAAAUUCCCCCGACAGAGACUCGUAUAUCGGGAGAGGCACUGUCCGGCACCGAAGGAGAUUCUCCGGUGCCGGAUUCCGGCCCCGUUCGGAUACCGGUUGCCGCUUCGGUGGCCGGAGAGUCGGGACUCGGCGUGGUACGCGAACGUGCCGCACAAGGAGUUAACGGUGGAGAAGAAGAUGCAGAAUUGGGUCCAUUUCGAUGGAGACAGAUUCCGAUUCCCCGGUGGAGGAACGAUGUUUCCGCGUGGAGCUAACGCUUACAUUGAUGAGAUUGCGAAGCUGAUUAAGCUUCGAGAUGGGUCCAUCAGAACCGCCAUUGAUACGGGUUGUGGGGUUGCAAGUUUUGGAGCAUAUCUUUUGUCCCGUGACAUAUUAACAGUGUCAUUUGCACCAAGAGACACACAUGAGGCACAGGUUCAAUUUGCGUUGGAACGAGGUGUCCCUGCUUUGAUUGGAGUCAUUGCCUCAAAAAGACUUCCAUACCCUUCAAGAGCCUUUGACAUCGCUCAUUGCUCACGUUGCCUUAUUCCUUGGGGCCAGUUUGAUGGAAUAUACUUAACUGAAGUGGAUAGAGUGUUGCGUCCUGGUGGGUAUUGGAUCCUAUCAGGACCACCAAUAAACUAUGCUAAACACUGGAGAGGGUGGGAGAGGACACGUCAGAGCCUCAAAGAUGAACAAGAGUCCAUUGAAGAAGUUGCUAAGAGUCUUUGUUGGAAGAAAUUUGUUGAGAGAGGCGAUCUUGCUAUUUGGCAGAAACCCACCAAUCAUGUUCGUUGCAAGAUGCAGAGAAAAAUCUUCAAGAAUGGUAAACCCUUCUGUCAGGCACAGGAUCCAGAUGCAGCAUGGUACACAAAAUUGGACACCUGCUUAACCCCACUACCUGAUGUAAACGACAUAAAAGAAGUUGCUGGUGGAAAAUUACCAAAAUGGCCCCAGAGGCUAACCUCAAUUCCACCAAGGAUAAGCAGUGGAAGUUUGGAAGGAAUAAGUGGUGAGAUGUUCAAAGAGGACACUGAAUUAUGGACAAGGAGAGUUGCAUAUUACAAGAAACUUGAUCACCAACUAGCAGAGAAAGGGAGGUACAGAAAUGUGCUUGAUAUGAACUCUUACUUGGGUGGAUUUGCAGCUGCACUUGUUGAUGAUCCUGUUUGGGUCAUGAAUGUUGUUCCUGUUGAGGCUGAAAUUAACACUCUUGGUGCCAUUUAUGAACGUGGAUUGAUUGGAACCUAUCAAAACUGGUGUGAAGCCAUGUCUACCUACCCAAGAACUUAUGACUUCAUUCAUGGUGAUUCAGUGUUUAACCUCUAUCAAAACAGAUGCAACAUGGAGCAGAUUCUGUUAGAGAUGGAUAGGAUUUUGAGGCCACAAGGUGGUGUCAUAUUGCGUGAUGAUGUUGAUGUGUUGACCAAGAUGAAGAGCUUUGCAGAUGCAAUGCAAUGGGAAAGUAGAAUCACUGACCAUGAAGAUGGACCUUACAACAGACAAAAGAUUUUUGUAGCAGUUAAAGAAUAUUGGACUGCACCACCACCACAAAACCAAGAUCAUAAUCAAGACAUAAAAUAGUUUUAAUAUCAUAUUUGGAUUAUUCAAGAUUAGUCUCUUUCUUUUUUUGUGGCAAAAUUUUUCUCAAGAAUUCAAUUCUUCCUAACACCAAUUUGUAAUUUGUGGCAGUAGCGGAAAAUGUUAGUGAUGUUAUGUUGUAACUUGUAACUAAAAGAGGACAUUAACAAUUGGCAUUCUAGUGGAAUUAAAGAAAUAAAUAUUCAAUAGAAAAUAAGAAAAAUGUUUUAUAUUA